AUGGCGGUCUUGUCGAAGUAUGAUAAGGCUGGUGUACAAUCUCUAUGCAUCCGCCUUUACGCUUGCAUCAAACACUGCAUGAAUUUUAGAUAAUAAAACUUGGAUUUUUUUUCUAUAUAUUUCGGUCUUACAUGAGCACGAACGAGCGCGAUAAGCUCUUAAAACAUUAGGCAAAACAUGCCAAGUAAUAAUACACAUCCUCGAAGCACGACUUCGAAUCCCGCCCGUGAAAAGACGAAGAAGGCCAAGAAAAAGGCCAAAGAAAAGACAAAAAAAUCUUCGAAAAUUGAAGCCCCCAAGGUUACUAAGAACGAUGUCGUCCCAAAAAUUAAAAUUGCUGCCUUGCAAGAGUACGAGGAUAUAUCGCCAGUUACCGGCGAAGAAAGUGAAUCAGAACCUGAACGUCCGACUGUGAUUAUGCAACGUUCUCCUUCGCCGAUAGCACCAGUCAUCCCAAAGAAAACCCGUGGCGAAAAGAAGAAAAAGAAAAAGGCCAAAGGAGUACCAAAGGUGAAGAGUGGUAAACACAAACCAGUGAAGAGGAAACGUUCACCAUCGCCUGUUAAACAACAACUGUCUGUCAGCGAAUCUGUACAUUCACCGAUUUCACCAGCAGUUGAUAAGGAGAAUUAUAAAGAUAUGAGUCCAGUAAGAGCUGUAAAUCAGAGCAAACGUCAUGUCAAAGAAGCAAAAGCUUAUUCAAGCCAGAAUGAUGUUGAACCAGUUAAAAAGAAAAGUAAGCUUCAUAAAAAGCAAAAAUCGAGUAAGACUGAGUCACCUGUACUGCCACGAGCAUAUCAACCAAAAGAUAUGAAUAGUCCAAGUCCCUAUAGAUCACCAGAACAGACACGCUCACUAACGCCAGACAGACAGAUGUCAUAUAGACGAUCUAGAUCACCAUACCGAAGGAAAAGCCCUUCAUUAAAUAGAUCUGGAAGGAGAUAUCAUCAUUCACCAUCAAGGUCACCCUAUAGAAUGUUAAAUAGACCAUAUAUUUCACCUUACAGAUCACCAUUUAGGUCGCCACCUUAUAGGUCACCACCCUACAGGUCACCGUAUAGGUCUCCUCCUGGUUACAGAUCCCCAUAUUAUAAUUCACCAUACAGAUCGCCACCUGGCUACUGGUCACCAAAGCGAUCCCCAGGCUAUCAGAGAAAAGGACGGGUAGUUCAUUCCGGACAAAGAUACUCACGGUCAAGAAGCCCAUCUCCACGUAAAAUGAUCAGGUCUGCUGUUAAAGCUAUGAAGUCUAAGCCAGAGGUAAAACAUGCAACAAAGUCACAUCGGCAUUCGGAAUCCGAGUCGGAUAACAAACAUGUGUCACGGAAGAACUCUACAUCUCAUAAAAAGCAUGAAACAUUGUAUCGGAAGUCUCCGGUGCGGAAAAAAGCUGAAGAUAGUGGGUAUAGGGAUAAAGACCGAGAUAAAGAUGAUGGUAAUAAAAGUAAAUGUCAUUCAAGUGCCAGCAGCUCUAGUAGCUCAAUGAGUAAGAAAAAAGACUUAAUUAAAGUUGAUGUAAAAGCUGAAUUUGUGGAAACUAUGUCUCCUAUAACCCCACCUGUGAAGGUCUCUACACCUCAACUGCCACCACCACUAGCUGACACAGAUGCUAAAGUGUCAUUACCUAAUGAGGAGCCUAAACCACCAUUGCCUAAUGAAACUGAUACAGCCCCUUUACCUGUUGAAGAGGCCAAAGUGCCACUACCUGAUAAAGAAAUAACUAUGGAGAGUGUUCCAAUGCCACCUUUACCUGAUACAGAGCCACCCCCACUUCCCCCAGAUGAUGACACACCUGCCCAACCAGCACUCCCCCCAUUACCUUUGCCUCCUGUUCUUCCCAACCUACCAGAUGAGUCUCCAGGCUCAGAGUUGUCAGAUGCAUCUGAUGUAACUAAGGAACAAGGUGAGGUGUCCUUAGACUCUAAACCCACAACACCAUCUGUCAUGUCAACUCCUGGGAAAUCUGAAGACGAAUCAGAUGAGGAGGGUGAAUGGGGGGAGAGAUGUGUGGAUAUGUUUGAUAUUAUUGCUAUUGUUGGUGAAGGAACAUUUGGACAAGUAUAUAAAGCGAAGGAAAAAGAGACAGGGGAAGUUGUGGCGCUGAAGAAAGUUCGAUUAGACAAUGAAAAAGAGGGUUUUCCUAUCACAGCAGUGAGAGAAAUCAAAAUUUUACGUCAGCUGUGUCACAAAAACAUCGUCAAAUUACAGGAAAUUGUCACGGAUAAGAAGAACGCGAUGGAUUUCCGAAAAGAUAGAGGGGCUUUUUAUCUUGUGUUUGAAUAUCUUGAUCACGACUUGAUGGGUAUACUCGAGUCUGGCUUAGUGUACUUCUCAGAUGAACAUAUUCAGUCGUUUAUGAGGCAGCUAAUGGAUGGUCUCAACUACUGUCACGAGCGAAACUUUUUACACCGGGACAUCAAAUGUUCUAAUAUUUUCUUAAAUAACAAGGGAGAGAUUAAACUUGGAGACUUCGGACUGGCAAGGUUAUACAACUCAGAUGAAAGUCGUCCAUACACAAAUAAAGUAAUCACACUAUGGUAUCGUCCUCCUGAAUUACUGCUUGGUGAAGAGAGAUAUGGCCCAGCGAUUGAUAUUUGGAGUUGCGGAUGUAUCCUUGGAGAACUUUUUAUGAAGAAACCACUCUUUCAAGCUGGCGAAGAACUUGGUCAGCUUGAACUGAUCAGUCGGAUAUGUGGCACUCCAACACCAGCGGUAUGGCCUGACGUGAUCAACCUACCUCAUUUUAGCACUAUAAAACCAAAGAAACAAUAUCGACGAAGACUUGUUGAGGAAUAUAUAACUCUUCCACCAGUUGCUCUGGACUUGUUAGAUCGAAUGUUGAUACUCGAUCCAUCCAAGAGAAUUACAUCUGAACAGUCGCUGCAGCAUGACUUCCUAAAGGAUGUUGACCCCGCAAAGAUUGCUCCUCCCAGUUUCCCGCUUUGGCAAGACUGCCACGAGAUGUGGUGUAAAAAAAGGAGGCGAAAUAAGGAGGGCAAGGGUCAAGAGGAAAAUUCACGCUCUUCUGGUAGUAAACAAACGAGGAAAGACUCUGCCUCUGCGAGCACAAAAUCUUCUAACAACGGUGGGACGGAAGGGCAGCAUGUCCCUAAAACAGACAACGGAGUCGGUGUUGAGAAAACCUCGGGUCCAGCGAACCUGACAACUGCUGCAGGUCUUAAAGAUUCGCUGUCUAAAAUAUACGAGCAGAAAAAAAUGCACAACAGUUCCCAUUCCGAAGGAGCAGAUGGACAUAACGUAAACUCCGUUGCAAAACCAGGCAGUAAUGAUUUAGGAACACGAGCAGCAGACGGUGAGGACCAUGUUCUACCGGCUAAAAGCGACAAAGAUCGACGACAGUCCGAUUCUUCUUUUAUUGACUAUAAACCCUACAGUGCGGAAACUGAUGGGCGCACGAGGGAUAAGAGUUCUGAUCGCCAUUGAUCAACUGAGAUCAUAAUCCUGCUAAAUAUUUGUCAUAUGGUUACACGGUACGAAAGGUAGAUGCCUAAACCUCCGAAUUUAAGUCCCACAUACCUUCAACACAAGGUUGGGUUGAGGGCCGAGUAAGUGUCGGUUACUGCAUAGAUUCUUUAUUGAAAAAAACUAAAUGAUGUUUACUUGUUAAUGACUCACUUUUUGUGCGUCCCCAACGGGGGGUAUCGAGCGGCGAUAAUGGGUGCUGGGCACUGUCCCCCUUGUACCACCCGUGGUGGGUCAAACUUUCUUCUGCAAAAAUUUAGUCCCAUUCUAUAUUCAAGUCUAUGCGAUAAAACUUCACCCCAUAUUCUUCCAAAUUUCCCGAUAUAAGGCUCUGAGGGUGCUUAAAAAUGAAUACGCCAACGAGGUUUACGGUAUCACAGUAUCAAUAAUAAUUAAUAAAGAUUCAUUUAUCAGGUUUUUAGAGAGAAUGCACAUUUAAUCUCAUUUGAAAUUAUCGUGCUUUUUCGUUAUGUGGGCAUGUAGCUCUUUGGCUAUUUCUGUUAAAGUUGUUUUAACAUAUCUCGUUACUUGACUAUAUACAAUAAUGCGAUCCUUCAAAUGAGAGUACCGUCUUCCUACGAUGACCUUUACAUUGGCUUGAUAGGAAUAAAUAAUGGAAAGUAUUCUAGUAAGUUUCUGUGUUCUAGUGUUUCGAAAAUCUAUUUGGUGUAAACUGUUUCUGUUUUUCGAAAAUCUAUUUGGUGUAAAAUGUUUAGGAAAUGUGAUUUGUCCAGACACACAAACGCUGCUGUGAAGCUUUUCCGCAAUCGCCAUCAAACACUAGGGCUGUGCAAGGAACUCGAAGGAAGUAAAAAUCCACACUGUCACAUUUUAGAGGGAAAAAAUAUACUUCCCGUGAUUUCUUCCUAUCGAGCUAUCUUAAUUGCCAGUAACACACGAACAAAACAUAUUUGUAAAUUUUUAAAACGGGCAAGUUUAGCAACAUUUCCUUAUAAUGUAGUUCUAGUGAAUUAAUCUGCCUCGGGAGUCUCCUUGUUUGUAUCUAAUUUGUAUGUUUAUAGUGUCAAAUCUGAAUUAUAU